AUGCCUUCUCUCAUCUCACAACAAUGGCAGGAGAGGACUAGUGGGUUCUUUUCUUCAUCAGGAACGAAGCUUAGAGAAGCGAGUCAAUCAGCUGGUAGUUUUGUCGGUGAGGUCGCUAAAGAUGCGAAAGUGAACGUUGCAGAUGUUGCAGAGAGAGUUGGCUCCUUGUUUAAAAGCCGGUGGGCGAUUCUUCAGCAGCCUGCAACUAGACACGCCGUGCAAGAACACUUCAUAACAGCUGCUGCCACAACCGGGACAUUGGUCAGGAAGGGUAUAACAGAGACUAAAGAAAAAGUUUCCGUUGGAAAGACCAAAAUGGAAGAGGCGGCAAAAAAGACUGCACAAAAGAGCAAAACCCUUUUGACUGACAUUGAAAGGUGGCAGAAGGGAGUUGCCAGCUCAGAUGUGUUUGGUGUUGCGAUUGAGAUCACUGUCCAGCGGCAGGAAUCAAGUAGGCCUAUUCCAUUCAUACUGAUUAAAUGCGCAGAUUAUCUCAUAUUAACAGGUCUUAAUUCACCAAGCUUGUUCAAAGCCGAAGGAGACAAAAAGUUGAUUCACCAAUUGGUUUCUGCUUGCAAUCAAGAUCCAAGCGCGUCAAUACCUGAGGGUGUGAAUCCAGUUGAUGUCGCUGCACUCAUGAAAUACUAUCUUGCUAGCCUUCCGACUCCACUUACUACUUUUGAGCUUUACAACGAGAUCAAAGAUGCAAGAUCGAGCGUAAACAGAAUGAGAAAGUCACUCCAGAAGCUUUCCAAUGUGAACUAUAAUACGUUGGAGUUCGUAACAGCGCUAUUGCUUCGUGUGAGCCAGAAAUCUCUACUUAACAAGAUGGAUUCACAUAGCCUAGCGAUGGUAAUGGCUCCGGUGAUCAUGUGGCGAGAAGACAAGAGGCCUGAAUCUUACAGGGAAUAUUGGAGACGCCCGUCGAGGAGUCCUAAGAGAAGCAACGACUUUGAAAAUGCUUCUCCAUGGGACUUGCUCUCAGAGGAAGGAGAAGGUUUAGAUGGAUCUUCAUCGAUUUCUCUAGAUGAUGUCGUUCAAGUUGAUUUUGGUGCGGUGGAGGUUGUGCAGUGCCUUGUUGAACAUCACAAUGCCAUUUUCACGGAUGCUGACGAAACUAGUGGAAAUAAUGGCGAGAACGAGGAUCUGCCAGAGAAACUGAUUGGGGAGAAGAUACUGACGAGGGUUCCAAUAACGUCGUUGAGAGAAGUGCGAUCGACCUGCAAAUUGUGGGACGCUUUAACCAAAAGGUGGAUUUUGGGUUCCAAAGCGACGACAUCAACAGAGCAGUUUUUAGGGUUCAUGACAAUGAAUUCCAAGGUUUGUUCCCUGAGGUUCCAGCUCAAGCACAAGGACGAGGUUGAUCUGUCUAUAAACCAGUUGGAUUUGCUUAACCAAGUCGAGAUAUCUCAAAUCUUUCACAUCCGUGGCUUAUUGUUAUGCGUCGCUAAGGUCAACGUGGAGGUCAACUUGCAGGACAACAAGUUUGAGGACUUGGAGGACAAGGUGGAGCUCUUUGUGUCGAACCCUUAUUUGUCUCAAACAAGGUGCGUCAGGCCCAGAACAAAAUUCAACAUUGGGGACAAGUACGCUCUCGGAUAUGACUCGAACCAUAACCACAAAAUCUUGAGGUUUAGGGAUCGCUACACUGGUGAACCAGAAGAGUACGAGAUCUACGAGGUCAGCUCUGAUUCAUGGAGGGUCCUCAAUGUCAAUCCCUACUGGGAAAUACCACCUUAUCGCCUCGGAGCGUCUGUGAAGGGAAACGCCUACUUUUAUGCUCUGGAGAGAUCAGGUGAGGAUGUAGAUCAAGGGAGUGUGAUAGAGGAGGCUGACGAGUUCUUGCUCUGUUUCGAUUUCACAAGAGAGGAAUUUGGACCUCGUCUGCCUCUUCCGUUUCACACUGUUGGCGACGAGUGUGUAGCCGAAGCGGAAAUGGUUAAGUCUGACAAGUUUCCGAUAGUGGUGAGUACUUGGCCUUUCCUUGAGGCCGUUAGAGCCGCUUGGAGAGCAGUUGAUAAUGGAAGCUCUGCAGUAGAAGCUGUUGUGGAAGGUUGUUCUGCUUGUGAGGAACUCCGCUGUGACGGCACAGUUGGGCCUGGAGGAAGUCCGAAUGAGAACGGUGAGACCAUGAUUGAUGCUUUAGUCAUGGAUGGGGUGACUAUGGAGGUUGGAGCUGUUGCUGCAAUGCGGUAUGUCAAAGACGGUAUAAGAGCUGCAAGAAUGGUGAUGAAAUACUCUCAACACACAUUGCUAGCAGGGGAAGGAGCAUCAGCGUUUGCAAUCUCCAUGGGUCUUCCUGGACCAACGAACCUAAGCUCCCCUGAGUCUGUAAAGAAGUGGUCGGACUGGAAGGAGAAUCGAUGUCAACCUAAUUUCAGGAAGAACGUAGUCCCUGCAAAUGACUGUGGACCUUACAAGCCAGAGGAUGGUGCUAUGGAUGUUUCUUGCGAGAUGGGGAAGAUUGAGUAUAGACCUCCUCUUGUUGGUCCUCACAAUCAUGAUACCAUAUCAAUGGCUGUCAUUGACAAAAUGGGGCAUAUAGCUGUUGGGACGUCAACCAAUGGAGCCACAUUCAAGAUUCCUGGGAGAGUGGGGGAUGGGCCUAUCGUCGGCUCAUCAGCCUAUGCCGAUGAUGAAGUAGGUGGAUGUGGUGCAACUGGAGAUGGUGACAUCAUGAUGCGCUUCCUCCCUUGUUACCAAGUUGUGGAGAGCAUGAGACAAGGAAUGAAAACAGAAGAAGCUGCCAAAGACGCCAUCUCGAGAAUAGCCAGGAAGUUUCCGGAUUUCGUGGGGGCGGUUGUGGCUGUUGACAAGAACGGGUCUCAUGCAGGAGCUUGUUACGGUUGGACGUUUCAGUACUCAGUCCAGGACCCUGACAUGGACGAUGUUCAAGUCUUCACGGUGCUUCCAUGA